AUGGAGCUACACCAUGAAUGGGUGGCGAGUUAUAUGCAAGACGAAUCACUUAAGCCUUACUUUACACGCAGACACGAGCUGUCAGCAGAACAAGGAUGUGUUCUUUGGGGACAACGGGUCAUCAUUCCACCAGUUUACCAACAGAAAGUGCUGGAAGACCUGCAUCAUGAACAUCCAGGUAUCUGUCGUAUGAAAGCACUAGCCCGCAGUUACCUGUGGUGGCCAGGUUGUGAUGGUGAUAUACAAGAACUGGUUCAAAGCUGCCCAGUCUGUCAGGCUGUGCAGAAGUCACCACCCGUUGCACCACUCCAUCCGUGGAAGUGGCCUGAGAGAGUUUGGCAACGGAUUCACAUUGAUUUCGCUGAAAAAGGCAAGCAGUACUUUUUAGUUGUCAUUGACAGUCACUCAAAAUGGUUGGAAGUGUUCCCUACGCCAUCCAUUACCUCACACAACACCAUUGAGGUUUUGAGAGGGUUAUUUGCUUCAUAUGGACUUCCAGAAGAGCUUGUUUCAGACAAUGGACCUCAACUUGUGUCAAAGGAAUUCAAUCAGUUUUUGGAGUUAAAUGGGAUCAGACACACAGCUGUUCCUGCCUAUCAUCCUGCAUCAAACGGGGCAGCAGAGAGGUCAGUACAAAUCCUGAAACGAUCCCUGAUGAAGAAUGUGCUGGAAGCAGAUGGCAAGGCCACGUUGCCACUCAGUCAUCGUUUGGCAAACUUCCUUAUCAUGUAUCGCAGUACACCGCACACUGUGACGGGUCGUACACCAGCAGAGUUGUUCCUGAAACGUCAGAUCCGGACUCGCUUCAGCCUGCUGAAACCUGAACUAAGCAGACACAUUGAACAGAAACAGUCUGAGCAGAAGCGACAACAUGAUUGCAGAACCCAACCUGUUCAUGUUUUUUCGGAGGGAGACGCUGUGCGAAUCCGAAACUUCAGGGGGGGGAAACAAAAUGGACUCAUGGAACAGUUCUGA